AUGAACGCCUAUGAUUCGGCAAGUAUCUACAAAGCUCGUUCCAAGCAAUAUCACGAUGCGCUUAUUGACAAGAGGGAGUUCAAGGAAGGGGAUAGGGUUCUCCUCUACAACUCUCGAUUGAAAUUGUUUCCAGGCAAGCUCAAGUCCCGUUGGAGCGGCCCGUUUGAAGUGGUGAGAGUUUCCCCCCAUGGUGCUAUCGAAAUUUGGGGUCGUGAUGCCGGAAAUUUCAAAGUAAAUGGACAUCAGCUCAAUCAUUAUUUUGUAGAUGAUUCUCAUGGCACUUUUUCCAUCAUGGACCUCAAGGACCCCCCAUGA